AUUGGGCGGGACGAAUAUUAAACCAAAAAAAAGGUUCCGCCCUGCUUGGGUGAGUUAGUUGGAGAGGCUGUUCUCGAAUGACAAGUAUCGUGAUCAUUUUUGCUUUCCAAGGCGAGAAGUCGAGAUGUCUGUGGCUGUAAGUUCCAAGUUGAACAAAACCGUGAGGGAGCAGUACCUGAAAUUGCCUCAGGAUGGAAAGGUACAGGUGACCUACGUAUGGAUCGAUGGCACUGGAGAGGGACUUCGCUGUAAAACCAAAACCCUGGAUUCGGAACCACGGACCAUUAAAGAUAUUCCCGAGUGGAAUUUUGAUGGGUCCAGUACCUUCCAGGCGGAAGGUUCCAACAGCGACAUGUUUCUGAUUCCGGUCCGCAUGUUCCGGGAUCCCUUCAUCCUGGAUCCGAACAAACUGGUUCUUUGUGAGGUUCUGAAAUACAAUCGGAAACCGGCAGAGAGCAACUUGAGGCACACAUGUAAUGAAGCGAUGGAUAAAGCGAAGGACGCUCAUCCCUGGUUUGGUUUGGAGCAAGAGUACACUCUGUUGGGAAUUGAUAGGCAUCCUUAUGGCUGGCCUCAAAAUGGAUUUCCAGGACCACAAGGACCCUACUAUUGUGGAGUUGGAGCAGAUAAAGUCUAUGGUAGAGAUAUCGUGGAAGCUCACUAUAAAGCAUGCCUCUAUGCUGGAGUGAAGAUAUCAGGCACCAAUGCUGAAGUCAUGCCAUCACAGUGGGAAUAUCAAGUGGGGCCAUGUGAAGGGAUUGAAAUGGGAGAUCAUUUGUGGAUUGCCAGAUACAUUCUUCAUCGCAUUUGUGAAGACUUUGGAGUUGUGGCUACAUUUGACCCAAAGCCAAUAACUGGAAACUGGAAUGGAGCUGGAUGCCAUGCUAACUUCAGCACAGAGGCCAUGAGAAAGGAAGGGGGCCUUCAGUAUAUUGAAGAAGCCAUUGAAAAGCUGAGUAAGAGGCAUGCAUACCACAUCCGUGUGUAUGAUCCAAAAGGAGGGUUGGAUAACUCCAGAAGGUUAACUGGACAACACGAAACCUCCAACAUCCAUGACUUCUCUGCUGGAGUUGCAAACCGUGGAGCUAGCAUUCGAAUUCCUCGCCAAGUUGGACAAGAUCAUUGUGGAUAUUUUGAGGACAGAAGACCAGCUGCAAACUGUGACCCUUAUGCUGUCACUGAAGCCCUGGUCAGGACCUGUAUCCUAAAUGAAACUGAAAAUUAACUAAAAUGCUGUAUUGAGACUUGGUACUAAAGAGCACCAGAAUCUCCAUAGUUAUGGUAUUUUUAUCUAAUCUGAAAUGCUUCUUUUAACCGCUGGAAUGGUGAUGGUACUGUUUCAAAACUAAAUUUGUACUUAUUUGUACAUAUACCCUGUUAAAUAUUCUUCAUAAAUUCAAUGAAAAUAAUUUCAAAACCUGAAUAUCCAAAGUAGGAUCAACUUUUGGCAAGCUGGAAUCAUAUGCCUUAAUUGGCUUUAAUUUUUUUUAAUUAAGACAAAAGUUUGAAAACUAUUUAGUUUCAAGGAGCUUCCCUAUGAAUUAAGGUGGGGAUAUUGUUUUAACUUGCAUUGAAGCUAUUAACUGGCAAGUGAA